CCACCACCUAGAUGAGUAAUGAUUUGGCGUAUUUGUAUACAGAUCGUUUGUGCUAACCCACACACUUGCUUCCUUUUAACACACCAGACAACUUCACAUUGCUAACUACGAGCAAGAGAAAGGACGUGGAUCAAAAUGGCCCUGAAAGAUAACAAGGCAGUUGUAAAUAUACAGGGAGAUUCAGAAAACGAUCUCGAAGCGUUGUUUCGCGUUAUUCGACCUAACGAAACGGUAGGAUUAAAGAAAGAACCCGUUUUGCCAAUGCGCAUGAGAAAACUACCGCCAUCUUUCUUUACACCCGGUCCAGGGGAUAUAGAAGGAAGGCAAGAAGUGAAACCACCACCACAAAUUAACCCAGGCACAGGUCUUGUGAUCGCCCAUUCACGAGCACAUUCAUCGCCAGCAUCACUUACUGUUCCCAAAUCAAGCAAGAAAGCUGUGAAUCCGAUGCAAGUUUUACACAUGCGAUCUCAGUCUUACGAUGCGAGUGAAACGAACACUGGUGUAGUUGGACCUUUGCCGCCAGGAUGGGAAGCUGCUACCACAUCUGAUGGGCAAAAAUAUUUUAUGAAGUAAGUUCCAACCUUGAACUUGUUCAAUAUUUAUAUCGGCAAAAUAAAGAAUACAACAUCAAUCGCGAAAGUAAAUCGCUAACACUGAAUUUCAUUACAGCCUCUGUUUCAAACACCAGCUGUUUAAACUUUGCGCAAAUCAAAGAUUGUGAAUCGUGAAUUGUAAAUGUGUUUAAGUCGUUCGUAAUUGAACAAUCGACCUAAUACACUAACAUAAUAUAUGUGGGAAGUUCUCAAAACGAUUUAUUUGAGUACCAGCAUAAUUUAGAACGUUUUAUUAAAGACUCUCACCAAUAUUUGACGAUUUGAUCGUAAAGUUGGUGGCAUUUUAGCAACUUAUAGCUUUGAUGUUUAUAAAACGUAAUAAAAUCAAAAUUUCUUCGUACGAAGUAGAGAUUUAGUUGUCUAGUAAACGUAUAUCGGUGCGCUAAUCUACACUUGACAAACAAAGAAAUAUGGCGCUUGCUUCAAUAACAUGACGAAGGUUUUAAAGAAUUGUUGAUGAUUUAAAGGAACGUCGUUUAUUACAUCAUUCUCAUAGAAUCACACUGUAAUAACUAUUACGUUGUCUAGUCUUGAGCAAUUGUCUUGAGCAGUUAUUACUAGCGUAAUUUUAUGAGCUUGGUUUCUAAGUGCAUUAUCAUAUAGCUAAGGGUCAAACGGCAGACUAUAUUUUAGUAAAAUCCUAAAUCAUCAGAGGUAGUCGCAGUCAUCAGCGAGAGAAAGGAGUAUUAGAAAGUGUUACUAUAAAAGUGGUACUACCACGUACAUGAUUCGAGGGGGUGUAAAAACCUAUUAGGUUGCGAGCAACAUCCCUUGGGCAAUAAAAUAUAAACACAAAUUAUUCUUUCAUUUACAGUCAUAUGGAUCAAUCUACGACAUGGCAAGAUCCACGAAAGACGCGAUCAACAUCAAAUCUCACUGCAAACCAGCAACAGUUUACUGACGGUUGGCAACAAGCAAUAACUCCGGGCCGAGAGUUAUAUUAUAUCAAUCACAUGAAUCGAUCGACAAGUUGGGUCGACCCGCGUCUAUCGAGUAUGAACACAGGUCAGAAUCGCACUGCAGUUCCUCCAGCUCAACCAGCUCAUAAUAACGGCAUUGAUAAAUUGCAGCUACAUCGUCUGCAAAUGGAGAAACAGAUGCUACAACGAAGACAACAACAACUGCUACAACAAGAAAUCGUUAUUAAGCGUGGUUUGCUUACAAAAGAGGAUGACAGUAGCUCUAUGUUGAUGAAUUUAAGUCGUGAAGCAUUUAUGGGUAUACCCAACAACGAACCACAACCACAACCGACUCUUACAAGUCGGCAUAUCAGAGAGGAGUCGGCCGACUCCGGACUUGGCCUGGGUACAUUUUAUCCUGGCUCCGAUCUCGAUGUUGUGAGUGGAAACUUCGAUGAAAGUCUUCACGAGAACUUCGGAUCAAAGGAAAACCUUCAACAACAAAACAACAACAACAAUAACCUCAGACCAGGACAACUACCGGACUGUUUUGAUCUAAUGCCAAGCAGUAACGUUGAUGUAGGUUUAAUGGACGGUACUGAUUCAGUGAUAGGUAUGGAUACUGAUGAUCUAGGAGUUGGACUUGAUCAAAUUAAUUCAGACUUCAUGUUGAGCGACGUUGAGGCCGCUCUAGGACCACCUAACAAAAUCGACAGUUUCUUAAGUAAUUUAAAUUGGGUUUAACGAUUUGGUUCCCGAAUGAUUGACACUUGGAACAAAUAUAGUGCCUACACGUCAAAGUUAAUGGCGGCAAGACGGGAUCUCGAAAUAAAAUGAAAGGAAAUAUUUUCGUAUUAAAUCUCUGAGCUGUAGAUUGGCGAAAUAUGAAUAUCCGUUAAGUGGGCGACUAUUAAUUUGAAUUCAUUCGGUUGUCACAUCUUUCCCACUCAAGCUGCAUGAGUAAGCUAUUAAAGACUAGGCUUUAUCAUAUAGGCUUUACAUACAACAUAUACAAGAACUAUUAUACGUCUAUAAUAAGUUCUAACGUUCAGUGUUAGGGAUUAAUAUUCUGACAAAGAAUCACAGUGGCGUUUUAGCUCGUGCCGCUUGACUGCGUAUAUCACAUUACUUGAGCUUCUAGCUUGUUUAAACAAAACGUCGCUUGGUUCAGGAAGGAAACUUAAAACCGACUUGUCUUUAGCAAACGUUUUGUUUGACAUUGACUUUUUUCAAAUUUUCAUUUCGAAGUUAAUUAAAGCCGCACCCAUAAUAGAAUAAACUUGCUUCUAUUGUCUCGGACAAUGGCAAUUGAUAUUAAACGCUCAUAUAUUAAACACUCGUAACUUACGGGCAGUGUGAGAAUCGACGAUUCAUAUGAACAGAACAGCGUCGGUGCGUCGGCUUAAUUGGUAUUCAUAUUUGUGCUCAAUUUUCUAUCACACUGUGUGGAAUUAUAUUUUAUUAAUGAUGCAACAUUUCUAAUCAUUUGUACAUUUCCAAGGUAGCAGAUGAAUAUUUUUAAUGAUCGAGUGCUCUCUAUAAUAGACUAAUGGCUAAUGCAUGCUGUAUAUAUUGGUUAUAAAGCCAUUGUUUUAUCAUAGUCUUUGUAUAGUAGGUUAGUGCGUAUAUACAAUUUGGCUCAAAUCAAAUGAAUAAGGCAGAAUCUGUUGAAAGCACGAAAUCACAACAAUUUACGAUGCUGUUCUUUGUAAAUAGAUUUUAUUCGUAAAAUGAACUAUUUUUAUGCAUUAAACAAUGUCACUUCUGUA